AUGCCCUCUAUUGCAUAUGCAGUGCUACACGUUGCGUUAAGUAUCUGCAUCCCAUCUACCAACCUACUUGUCAUCAUCGUCAUCUGUCAGCUGAAGAAGAAGCGUCCAAGCAGAAACUAUGUCUUCAUACUUAAUUUAGCAGCUGCUGAUCUGCUGGUUGGUGUCAUGUGCAUUGGGGAUGCUUUGGAUGAUGCAACAGAUGCACUAUUUGACACACGUCUUUCUCUUUGUCUCUUGCGGAUCUGCAUGAGCAUUACUCCUUGCAUUGGCUCCAUCCUAACCUUGCUGUUGGUUUCUCUGGACAGAUACUUAGCUGUGAGGUUGCCCCUCCAUUACCAUACUCUGAUGAACAAGAAACGUAUAAUCUUCUCUCUUGUUGUCUUAUGGACUGUUGCCUUCUUGGUGGGACACCUGCCACUGAUUUCCCCACAACUGCAGCAGAGCAAUUAUACAGGGGGUCAGUGUGGUCUUCUGUCUGCUGCUCAGAAUGAAUACUUAUACAUAAUCUGUUUUGGUAUUUUUGUUCCUGCCUUGCUGACCUUGGUCUGUUUGCAUAUCGCAGUGGGUAGGAUAGCAUAUUUACAGCACAAGCAGAUCCAGCGUGCGUACUUGCGUGCAGAUACCUUUAUUGCUCAUCUUCGCCAUUUCAAAGCACUGAGGACUGUCCUUAUCAUGAUCAUCUGUUUCAUCGUUUUCUGGGGCCCUUAUUACCUGACUGCCAUCGUGAAAGCUAUUUGUACAUCUUGCACCGUGGCCCCAGUGUUGAAGAACGUUUUGUUCCUUCUUGGAGAAACAAACUCUCUGAUCAAUCCUUUUGUUUAUUCACUGUACAGUAAGGAUAUAAGAACUCAGCUCGCCAGGCUGAUGAACUGUGAAGGGAAAGGACAGAUAAAGCCCUACAGGUCUUUUGGCCAGGUAGUGGCCCAUUUCAACAUCAAAAACCAUAGUGAUUCAACCUCUGGGAGAUCCAUGAGACAAGAUUCAUCUGAGGAUCAAGCCUCUGACUCGGCUCCUGGCAAGAGUUCUGCAGACUGCAGAACAGUGUUCUCGAUUUCCUGA